AUACGCGGUCACAGACGAUGCCUAUAGGUCCAUGCGGGACAAGAACCUUGACCAGUGUAUCAUUAUUUCCGGGGAGAGUGGUGCAGGGAAGACAGAGGCCAGUAAGGUGAUAAUGCAAUAUGUCGCAGAGGUCUCGGGGAAAGGACACGACAUUGACCGAGUGAAAGAGCAGCUGCUUCAGUCCAACCCUGUCUUAGAAGCAUUUGGCAAUGCAAAAACAACUAGAAAUGACAACUCCUCCAGAUUUGGAAAGUACAUGGACAUUGAGUUUGACUUCAAAGGGGACCCUGUUGGUGGGGUGAUCACAAACUAUCUUCUGGAGAAGUCUAGGGUGGCAUCACAAAACAGCGGAGAACGCAGUUUCCACAUCUUCUAUCAACUACUGCAGGGGAUGGAUGAGAAUGAACUUGAGGAGCUGAAGCUGGUACCUUUAGCCAACAACUACUCAUUUCUCAACAAGAGCGGCUGUAUUGAGGUUGACACCAGGGAUGAUGUGGAGGACUUCAAGAUUGUCAGAAAUGGUAUGGAAGUGAUCGGCUUCACCAAGGAAGAGAUUCACAUGGUGUUCCAGCUGCUGGCCAGCAUUCUUAACUUGGGUAAUGUGGAGUUCUCAGAGAGGACCAAUCCUGAUGGUACAGAUGGUUGUGAUGUUGUCAAUAUUAAAGCGGUGCAGGACGUCUGUCAUCUUCUGGGCUGUUCCUUGGAAACACUGGCUGGGGCGUUGAUGCAAAGAACUGUGGCAGUUCGUGGGGACAUGGUCAAGACAGAUCUGAGUGUGGGAGAUGCAAUGUAUGCCAGAGAUGCUCUGGGUAAAGCCAUUUACAACCGCCUGUUUACAUGGCUGAUCAAGAGAAUUAACGACAGUAUAAAGGUGAAAGAGGACCUGGGUUCGAAGACCAAAGUCAUGGGUGUGCUGGAUAUCUAUGGCUUUGAGGUGUUGGAGAACAACAGUUUCGAGCAGUUUAUCAUCAACUACUGCAACGAGAAGCUGCAGCAGAUCUUCAUUGAGCUGACACUGAAAGAAGAACAGGAGGAGUAUGUUAGAGAGGGCAUUGAGUGGAUCCAUGUCGACUACUUCAACAACUCUGUCAUAUGUGAUCUCAUAGAAAAGCAAAAUCUUGGUAUUCUGGCUCUGUUGGAUGAAGAAUGUUUGCGGCCUGGGAACACGUCAGAUAAAACGUUCCUGGAUAAGCUGGAUGAUAGAUGUGCUAAACAUCCACACUAUGAGAGCCGGAAGUGCAAGAAGAACCAGUCAGACAAGUCCUUGCCUCAUGAUGCCUUUAGAUUGAAGCAUUACGCAGGCAGUGUGUUGUACCAGGUUUCUGGGUUCCUGGACAAAAACAACGAUCUCUUGUUCCGAGACCUUUCCCAAGCCAUGCAUCAGUGUACACACCCUAUGCUGCAGGAGCUUUUCCCUGAAGGCAGACCAACAGACAGUUCAUUAAAGCGUCCAGCGACUGCAGGUUCACAGUUCAAAAUUUCAGUUACUGAACUCAUGAAGAACCUAAGCUCCAAGAAUCCCAACUACAUCAGGUGUAUCAAGCCAAAUGAUUUGAAAAAGCCUAACAGCCUGGACAAGGAGAUUGUGAAGCACCAGAUCAGAUAUCUUGGACUGUUGGAGAAUGUAAGAGUCCGAAGAGCUGGUUAUGCUUUCAGGCAAGUCUAUCCCCAGUUCCUGUUCCGCUACAAAAUGCUGGCCGCAGAAACCUGGCCACACUGGGACGGGGACCCCAAAGCUGGAGUUGAGAAGAUUCUGGAGGCACAGGAUAUUUCCAAGGAGGAGUUUGCCUUUGGAAAGACCAAAAUCUUUAUCAGAAAUCCCAGACUGCUAUUUGACAUGGAGGAGCGUCGCAGGGAGAAAAUGCACUACCUGGCCACCAAGAUACGAGCCGUCUGGUUGGGUUACAAAAACAAGAAGCUCUACCAGCGGAUGAAAGCCAGUCAGGUGAUCAUCUCAUCCAGGUUUAGAGGAUACUGGGCAAGAAAAUGCUAUCUGAAGACCAAGAAAUCUGUUCUGAUAAUACAGUGCUAUGCUAGAGGAUGGAAGGCUCGUGUCAUUUUACGUGAGCUGAAAUUAGCAAAACGGAGGGAAGAAGCUGCCACCUACAUACGCAAAAUUUAUCUUGGCUGGAAGGCUCGAUGUCUUCUGGCACAACUCAAGCACAAGAAACACCUCAACGACUGCGCCACAACCAUCAGGAAGACCUACCUGGGCUGGAAGGCUCGCAAGCUGCUUGCCGCCAUGAAGCAUGAGAAGAGGGUGCUGUGGGCAAACGGUGUGAUCCAUAAGUACUACAGGGGGUGGAAGGUCAGACAACAGUAUCGCCCCAAAUUCCGAAGGAUCGCAGGUCCCAAGAUCUCACGGUUCAUGAUCACUGCCUUAAAACGACAAUAUUUAUUGAACCUUCGAAAGAAUUUGCCAUCUAUGGCCCCAGUAGCCAACUGUGAAGACUGGCCCAAACCUCCCAACAGGUUUAGAGAAACCUCAGAUUUGUUGAAGAAAAUGUUUCAUCGCUGGAGGUGUGCAAAGUACCGAAAUAGACUGGAUGAAGCCACAAAGAACAGGCUACGAGAGAAGAUGAUCGCUAGUAAUUUGUUCAAGGGCAAAAAAGAGACAUACCCUACCAGUGUUCCAGUUCCUUUUAAGGGAGACUAUGUCGAUGUGAGCUCCAACAUGAAGUGGCAGAAACUGUACAAGUCAACACAGGAUGCUUAUAUUGUGUUUGCAGACAACGUGAAUAAAGUGAACAGAGCUGAUGGCAAGAUGGUCAGCAAACUGUUAGUGCUCAGCACACAAGCACUUCUUGUCCUUGACCCCAAAUCCUUCGCCCUCAAGUACAGAAUUCCACUGAACAUGAUACACAAGAUAUCCGUCUCACCUUUCAGAGAUAACCUGUGCAUCUUUCAUUUACAUAAGGAAAAUGGUGUGGUCGCUGCCAGAAAGGGAGAUUUUAUCUUUAGUACAAACCAUGUGAUUGAAGCAGUGACCAAAACACAGAUGGUGGUGCAGAACAGUGUGGGCAAACCUCCAGAGGUUCAAAUCUUGCCACACCUGAAUGCAGAAUUCAAGGGGUCAACUGUGGAAGUGUCCUUCAAGAAAACCCAGGGAGAUGCGGCCAAUGGAAGCGUGAAAAUAUCCAGAAAAGGAAACCGGUUAGACAUCAUUGAGUCAUGA